CGACUCUGUUUACCUGCAGCGCUCGGCUCGGCAACGUCUCGUCGCGUCGCCGCGCGGAGUUCGUUACAAAAGUCGCGUCGCGUCGUCGUCGCGCACCUCACCGAGGUGCAGAUAACGCUCUUAUCGGCGGACAUCAGCUCCUCCCCGGUGCAGACGAGAAGGUCCUGCCUGCCCCGCAUCGCAGCGGCCAACCCGCGGACGGGUACCCGUCGGAUACCUUGGAUACUACUCGCCACCCAGGCCGACCUAACCUCAACAACAGUGCAAGCCAGUGGUGCCAAGUUGUGAAUCAAAGUGAAGGCUUAGCCCCGUUGAUCCGGUGUGCCUGUAGAGUCGCGGAUGACUUGGUCAUUCCCCUUGUGAUCGUGUGCUAGUGCUGCGGACGUGUGUGUGUGUGUGUGUGCCCGUGAAAGUGAGUGUCGUUCAGUGCAGUGUAUACGAUGGCCACAAAAGGGUUUUAGACCGAGCGGGCCGUCGUCGUAGGGAGUUUGUCGGAUUUUUCGCCUCCGCGCCUGGAUUAUCCCCCAUUCACCAUCUUUCGCUCAAAGAAGAAGCAGGACUGCUUGUCGUCCGGGAUGCGGCGACUUAGUGUGGGCGGUAUGAGCCGCCCCGCCAAGUCCGCGCCGCUAGCCAAGAAGGUGGCUCCCCCCGCCGUCCCGGGCGUCUUCAGGCACUCCGGCUCCUCGUUCGGCUCCGCGGGCUACUGCUCCAGCGAGGACCCCAACGACAUCGUGCGAGAUGUGAGCGACCACUCGGACAUGUACGCGGCGGGCGCAGGCAAGUCUCCCGGGCAGAUGGCGUACCCGGCCUUCACCUUCCCCGGGCCGCAGGGGCUGGGCCAGGCCAAGUCCGGCCAGGUGCAGCCGCCCUUCUUCCACCACCAGCUGUCGCUGCAGGAGGACCAAGGCAUCGACAUGACGCAGAGCCCCGGAAGGGACAGCCCCGGCUCCUCGGGCUCCGGGUCGGGCUCCGGGUCGCGGCACAGCACGGCCAGCCUGGACAGCGGGCGCGCCUCGGGGACGUCGGGGACGUCGUCGUCCGGCUACCACCACCUCGUGGUGCGCGGCAUGGGGCUGAGCCAGGGCACGGCGUCGUCCACCCUGUCCUCGUCCUCCAGCCCCCGCUGCUCCAUCUCGUCCUCCUCGCUGGGCUCCUCGGAGCACGGCAACCCAGGCCUGCACGUCGAGCGUCUGCUGCAGCAGGGAGUGCCCGAUUGUGAGGUCGUCUUGUCUUGGCUGCAAGAUCUCCAUUUCGAAGACUACUACCAUCUGUUCAUAUCGGCUGGAUAUGAUAUGCCCACUAUUUCUCGAAUGACCCCAGAGGAUUUGACAGCAAUUGGGAUUAAAAACCCAAACCACCGCAAGAAAUUAAAAUUUGAAAUUGCCCAGUUAAAUAUUAACGAUGGCCUUCCAGAUUAUAUUCCUGGUUCUCUAGAUGAAUGGCUUCGAUUACUGAGAUUAGAAGAGUAUGUAAUACCUCUGCAGAGGCAAGGUUACCACUCUGUAGAAAAUGUCACAACACUUGCCUGGGAAGAUUUGGAGGAUAUUGGUAUUGUGAAGUUAGGUCAUCAAAAGAAAGUUCUUCUUGCAAUUAGAAGAGUGCAAGACUUGCGAGCUGGAAAGCGCAUACAACCUCCUCAGGACGUGUUUGUCACUGAGGGCAGCAGCCUCAACUCCCCGGAUGAGGAAGCGCUUCCCCCACUACCGCUCGUGCACAAGGCGUUUCACACCUUCCACCAGCCCUGGGAGACAGACCCGAUGCGACAACAGCACCACAUGGUCCUGCCUGCCUCCGCAUUCACGGUGCACCAGCCGAUGUACUCCACCUCUCCCGAGUUUGUCCCCAUCAAGAUUCGAGGAGGCAGAGGAAAGUCUUUGGAAAGCUUAGAAGAUGGCAGUGAAGUUACCCAUCACACGUUCAGUCCAGAAAACACCCAGACGUUUUAUUAUCAACACGCUCAGCCAGCCGUGCCCGGCUGGAGGCGGAGCUACGACGACGGUGACCUGACGCCCACCAACGAGCUGGCCAGCAUGGCGCUGCACGAGGGUGGCGGCACGCUGCCCAGGCCGCGGGGCCCAGGCAGGCCGCGCCCCGUCGCCAAGGUGACGGCCAACACGUCGUCCUUGUCGUCGUCGUCCUUCGCCAGCCAGACCACCCUGCUGGCCCGCGAGUGGGACAGCCCCCGCAAGCGGCCGCCCUCGCCGCCCAAGCGGCAGUCGUCGUCCGGCGGCCGGUGCGACCUCAGCGACUCGAGCGACAGCGUGGACGGCGUGGCCCUGGGUACCAGCGGCAGGCUCAUCACCACCACGGUGGAGCUGCACCACCCGCUGCCGGCCUACCCCAGCCCCUGCAGGCCCAGCCCCUCGCAGGACAGCUUCGACGACCUGCCCUUGCCGCCGCCGCCGGCCCCGUCCACGCCGCCGUCCGCCUCCGGGCCGCGGCAGCCUUCCUGGGGCAGCAGCGCGCAGGAGGAGAUGCUGAUCGCCAGCCUGGCCAAGCAGCCCGGCCGGACGGGCUCCGACGCUAGCUUCAAGUCAAGUUCAAGCACGGAGUCUGAUUCACUACCCUUUGCCAAUGAGAAUGCCGGAACCAUCAAGCAAAGAGCAAACCGGCCACAUCCAGCAUUGUCAAGCCUCGACAGCAAAGAAGGAGGUUCACACAAGCAGACAACACAACACAGGCCUUCUAUGAUUGACAUGAAGAAGGAUGGUCCACAGGAGCCCUCAGAUGUGCUCAACGAUAUUGGAAAUAUGUUAGCAAACUUAACAGAUGAACUGGACGCCAUGCUAGAAGAAGAAAAGCGGCAAGGUCUUAACAACGAUUAGUUUUAAAUGAAGAGAUCUGUGAUCUAUGCCUGGCAGUUUCCAGUCAUUCUAUCAUUGUUAAUAUAUUUUUAUUGUCUUUUGUUUUUUAAGCACUGAUCAGAAGUGCUAAGAGUCUAUGAUGACUCAAAUAUCUGUGAUCAAAGUUGUCUGUCCCUGUGAUUUUCCCCAAUUGCAUUUUAUGUGGCCAUUGGUCUUAAGUGCUUGUAUAUCUUUUGUUUUUAUGUUCUUUAAUCAUUUUUGUUGUGGAACAUUCACUUUAAUUUGCUGGUUUAUUAGUUUAUAGUACCUGAUACUGAUCAAGUGCCAUGAGCUUGUGCCGCAAGGUAAACUGUGCUGAUUGUGCCAUUACACAAGUUUGCUUUGACUUAAGUGCUUCUUAGCCUGGACUGUUUAAUUGGAGGAACAAAGCAUUUGAGUCAUUAUUAUUAUUAAUGAGAAACAAACCAGUCAUUACUAUUGUAUUGUUAUAUUUAUCAUAAGCUUUUCUUUUUUAUACAAUGUAAAGAAGAAGUAGCUGAGUUCUUAUAGCAGAAGCAGGUGCCCUACUUCUUUUUGUUGAAAUCUUGUUAUUCAGAUUUUCAUUGCCUUGAGAAGGAGAGCGAGAGAUCCUGCUUUCAUGAGUUGAUGUUGAUAAUCUUUACAAAAUCCAUACUGGUGCACUAUUGAGAUAAUUUAAUUACCAACUGUGGCAAUAUGUAGCUGUGUCACAAUAUUUUGAAUUGAGACACUAAGUAAUAUGUUUGGAGAAUCAGCAUUACUAAUUAACAACUGUUGGUUAUUGACUAAUGACUGAAACUCAUUUGAAUUUGUUUGAAAGCAGAGAAACUGCUUUUAAUGUGACAGUUUGCUCUUGUCUUUCUUCCAGUUUUUUGAAAUUUUUUUUCUAUGGCACACUAACACUGGCAUUAUAUUUGAAACUACGCCCACAUAUCGAGUCUGUGAUGCUAUGUGCAAUGUCUGAAAAAGAUAGAGGAAACCACAUGGUUGUGGUAGACACUUUUUGUGAAUACAAGUUGAUGUUUGUCCCGGAUGUAAUUUGAGCACAAAACCUUCUUAUGCAUGGAGAUUAUAUGUUCUCUUAGUAGUGUGUGCAUCAAACUCAGCACAUAUUUGGCAUUGAAGCUUCACCAUAUUUUUAUGUAGGUUUCAGUACAAAAUGUGAAUACUAAUCACAGCAUUCUUUUUCCAUUCUUUUGGGUUAUUUCUGAAGUAGGUGGGCUACAUAUCUGCUGCUACUUGGAAGGAAACUUUAAUCCGAAGUUAUGUAAUUUUAAAAUGUAUAAAUUGUGUACAUGGCACUGUAUCAAAACAUGUGCUUCUCUUCAUUGUGUUGAAUAUUGUAGAAAUUGCGUUUAUGCUACGCAGCAGUUAUCUGUAUGUAACCAUUUGUUUACAUGAGAUAUUAAGAAGACUGGUGUAGAUUUGUUUAAAAAGGUAUAAAAUGUUGCAAAGAUUAACAGUAACACUGUAGUUGUAGGUUGUUAAAGAAAGUAUUGAGUAAAACCAUUGUAUUUGUAGAUAAAGCAGAAUUUAAUUAAAAACAGUCUUGCCUUAGUA